AUGACCCAGCCCAUCAAGUAUAUAUACAUAUUCGGCGUAUGCUUAUCUAUAGCACUCUUAUCACCAAUUUGGGCACUUAUUGAUUAUCCACUUAGUAACAGGCCAAACAAGGAUUGGCCUUUGAGUAGAUGUAUACGCAUUCGAGCAUUUAGAAUGAUUGAACCCGUCAUACCGCUCUGCGCAUUCGAUAGAGAUUUGGGGAGGAUACCAACAGAGCUACCUUACGCACAUCUACUUAAGCGGUCUAAGUUUACCUAUAUACCUCCACUUGCAGAGGAGUAUAUCAGUGGGUGGCUUCGCAAUCUCAUUGAGAGUGUGGAAACGCUUCGGAUAGAGAAUGAGACAAAAGUCGGUGUUAUUAAUGAAAGAUGGCUGCAGGAUUACACACCAAAAUUGGAAACAUGUAGGCCAAUUCAAAUACCCUGUUACGUCUACUUUGAUGAAAGAGUCUCACCUGCAAAAGCAUCAACACUUGACUUAAACUUGGAUUUGGAGGAAGAUGAUAAAGUCAUGUUGCAGUUUCACGGCGGUGGAUAUAUUGUAGGCAGUGCUCACGAAAACGAUGUGACAGCAACGCUUUGUAAAGACUUUAUCAAGUUUGGGUCAGUCAAGAAAAUAUUUAGCGUAGAUUAUAGAUUAGCGUGGUAUGCUCCAUUCCCAGCUGCUCUGAUAGAUGCUAUCAGCUCGUGGUCUUACCUGGUUAACCAACUUGAAAUCAAACCACAUCAGAUAGUAUUUAGUGGUGACAGCGCAGGUGCUAAUCUCGCACUCGCAUUGACAAGAUAUUUGAUAGAAAACGAACUGCCGGGACCUUCAGGUUUAGUACUACAUUCACCGUGGUCAGAUAUGACAUUUUCACGUAGAGUGAUGUCUACUUCAUUCACCACGAACAAAUACAAGGAUAUUCUCGAAUCAACAUUUUCGCCUUAUGCCGUCAAGAUGCUGACGCGUUAUGUGGGAGUUGAGAUGAUUAAUUCAGUGUAUCUAUCACCAAUGUCUCAACGGAAUGGUAAGGAUGUUGAAACAUUCAAACAAUUUCCGUCAACGUUCAUAAUUGCUGGUGAAUGUGAGAUGUUACUGGAUGAGUGCGUUGAUUUGCACGAAUCAAUGAUUAGAAGUGGCGUUGGAUGUAGAUUGCACAUUGUUGGCCGUGGUGUACAUGAUCCAGCCAUGUUCAGCUCAUGGCAAGAACCAGAACGGAGUGAAAUGUUUUAUACAUUAGCAAGAAUGUUACUCAAGCAAUUUGCUAAACAAAUCAAUCUCAAUUCAAUUCGUCAAUUCGCAACUCAAGCCAGUUUGACUCAAUUCAAUCCAGCCACUCUUCACUUGAAGUCUGGCCAAUCCUUCUCCGGGCGUGGAUUCGGUGCAAAUAACUCAAGCUUUGGUGAAACUGUAUUCACCACCUCAGUUACAUCUUACACAGAAUCUAUGACUGAUCCUUCUUACAAAGGUCAGCUCUUGGUUUUCACUACUCCUUUGAUUGGUAAUUAUGGUGUACCAAAAAACCCUUCCGGUGAUCAAGGUCAAUUUACUCCUGAAAUGAUGUUAGAAUCUUCUGGUAUUCAAUGUUCAGGUGUUGUUGUUGCUGACGUCGCCGAGAAAUUUUCACACUAUGAAGCUGUUGAAAGCUUACACGAUUGGUGUAAGAGACAUAAUAUACCUGGUAUCACAGGUGUUGACACUCGCGCCAUUACAACGAUUUUGAGAGAUCAAGGUACUACUCUUGGUCAGAUCGCUGUUGGAGAGACACAUGAAACAAAGCCUGUUGAAUAUUUUGAUCCAUCACCUAUCAAUUUAAUUGCAGAAGCUAGCACCAAGUCACCAUACACUAUAAAUGAAAAUGGCGAUGUACACGUCGCCAUCAUGGACUUUGGAUCAAAGGCAAACAUUAUUAGAUCACUUAUUAAAAGAAAUGCAAAGGUCACAGUGUUGCCUUGGGACUACGACUUCCAUAGUAACAGAGAUAGCUUUGAUGCGCUCUUUUUGUCAAAUGGACCAGGUGAUCCACGUCAUGCAUCAGUAGCUGUCGAGAACCUCAAGAAGACAAUUCAAGAUUACAAGAAGCCAAUAUUUGGUAUUUGUAUGGGUCAUCAGUUACUUGGUUUGGCAGCAGGUUUGGAAGCUUACAGAAUGACUUUUGGUAACAGAGGACACAACCAACCAGUUUUAGCGUUGGGUAGUUCAGGAUCGAUAAAGCAAGGUAGAGUUUAUGUGACGUCGCAAAAUCAUCAGUACGCACUAAAGUUGGAGGAGCAGUUCCCAAGUGGAUGGGAACCGUUCUUCAUCAACUGCAAUGAUUCGUCUGUUGAGGGAAUCAAGUCUAGCGAGGAUUCAGGUAGAAAGAUAUGGGGAGUACAAUUCCACCCUGAAGCGUACGGAGGACCAUUAGAUACGAUAGAAAUGUUUAGCGAUUUCGUAAACUCAGCUAAGAGGAUGCAAAAUUCAUAG